AUGAUCCACCGAAAAAUCUUACACGCACCAGCCUCCUACUUCACGGCGAUUUUCCCUUACAUUAUGCUGACCAUUUUGUUGAUCCGAGUGGCGCUUUUGCCUGGUUCAUUGGAUGGCGUAAAAUACUACCUGACUCCUAACUUUGCUGAACUCAAAGAUGCUACCGCCUGGACGGACGCUGCAACGCAACUCUUCUUCUCUCUCAGCUGCUGCAACGGUGGCCUGAUUACACUCUCCAGUUAUAAUAAGUUCAACAACAACUGCUGUCGGGAUGCAAUUCUAGUGGCCUGCAUAAAUUGUCUCACAUCCAUCUACGCUGGCUUUGUGGUCUUCGCCACCCUUGGCUUCAUGGCCGCGUCGCGAGGCGUCGGCAUUGAAGAUGUCGUUGGUUCAGGUCCAGGGUUGGUGUUCAUAGUCUACCCGGAAGCCCUUGAUCAAAUGCCGCUCCCUGCCGUCUGGUCGGUGUUUUUCUUCCUCAUGCUCGUCACUUUAGGCAUGGGCAGCGAAUUUCCUAUGGUAGAAACACUAAUCUCCACCGCUCAGGAUGAAAUUCGUCAAUACGGUUAUCUUCAAACGAAAGCAUCACAGAUCAUAUUCCGGUGA